UGUUAACGUGAGUGGAAGUAGAAAUUAGCAUUUUCCAAGUGCCAUAACCGGAAACCAAUAAAUAACCGGAAACCGGAAGCGAUAGUCAUCUGAGGAGAACUCUACAAAUUGGCGCAGUCGGUACGAUUGCAUGUUGUGUGGUUCAUGUGACUCGUAUGUUUGAUGUGAGGGUGCUCAAAAUGGAAGGUACAAUUUUCUGUGAACGCUGCGCAAGAAAAAAAAACGCAUUUAAAAUGGAUGAAAUUAUGAGGAAAAGACGCGAGAACGGCUGACGACCGUGGUACACAAAGAAAAAAAAUUAAAUUAAAAGAGAAAAAAAAAUAAGAGGAAAAGAUACGAGAUCGGCUGACGGCCUUGAAAAAAAAAUUAAUAAAGGGAAAAGAUGCGAAAUCGGCUGACGACCGAGGCACAAAAAAGAAGUGAGAGCGAAAAUACGAAGAGCCGGCUGACGACCGUAGCGCAAAUGGAGGCAAGUGAAGGGACGCGAGAUUGAUGGAUGACCGUGCGGGAGGAUAGCAUGGAAGUUGCACGACCGGCUGAAAACUGACGUACAACAUGAGGGACAGUGAUCGUUGUAUCUGUAAACGAAGAGCCCAUCUAACGAGUAAACCCGAAAGCUCUGCAUGAACUUUGGAGCUUUUACAUGUUUACCACUACCAUUACAGUUUGGAGUAUUAGUAAAUAAAAAGAAGCGACAAAAGCGAAGUGAUGCAGUAGUGGUUUAAUGAACUUGAUUCAUGUUUUGUUUUGUUUUGUUUUGAUGUCCCAAGACAAAAUUUCAGUGCGUGACAAUAUAUAUCAUGUGAAGUUAUAUGAGCUAGUCAUCCCUGUUAUGCCUAGUUGACAACUUUGUUUACCAUCUCCAGCUGAUCAUUGUGAGUCUUAUAUUGACGACGACAGUGCAAAUGAGAUUAUCAGCGGGGACAUCGAAGCCGACGAAAUUAUUUCCCCAUUAAAAACUCUUGGAAACAGGACCGCAAGUUGACUUUCACGGGAGAACAAAGGAUUUCGUUAAUCUCCUGCGAACAGACCGCAACCUAUGAGGAGACGAAAACGAGCAAACGAUGACGAUUUAUCACUGCUUCAAUAAAGCUACUGUUUUGUUUUCGUGGCAUCCGUCGCUGAUGAGUACCGGGUACCUAUUUGCCGUUACGCUGUACGUCAUCACCAAUCCCAUCGUGACCACCAUCAGCAGAAAAAAAAACAAAAACAGAAGAAAGAACAGCGCUAGGAAAAACUAUUUCGUUAUGGAAAACACCCUUUUGUGAGCGAUUUAUAUGUUGUAUGAGAAGUGUAUUUCAUGAUAAAAGAAACCAUGUUUUAUAAUAUAAAUUUAUAAUAAAAACAUUUGUUCAACUCAUUUUGUUUCGUUUUUUCUCGAUCGGUUUGAUUAACGAGCUUGGAAUUGCAGUUUACCGUAUUUGUUAUUCGAACAAUUUGAUAUGGAUUCUGAGAAUCAUUUCCCGUUAGAUCCAUUCAAUGAUGCCACUGAUGCCUCCAAUCUGCGUCGUGAAUGGGAGGAAUGGCACCGCUCAUGUGAAAUCGUUCUGGAGCUGAAGAAGAUCGAAUCUCAGCACGAAAAGCUUCUUUUUCUGCUGGCUCGGGGAGGUAGGGGCCUACAAAGAAUUUAUCACCACCUCGCACCCGUGGCGGGAGAAAUCCAUCCAGAACCGGUGAAAGUUCCGUUCGCUCCACAAGACGCUCCGGAGUACGACAAUGCUAUCAUGCGCCUCAACGCCUUUUUCGUGGGAAAACGUAACGAAAGAGUAGAACUGGAGGUUUUCCGUUCUCUCCGCCAGGCCGCUGGUGAGACAUUCAAUCGCUACUUGUUGAGAUUGCGUACGCAGGCCGCAUGCUGCAAUUUUGGUGAGCGUGAGGAGAAGGAGUUACUACAACAAAUAACUGUCGGUGCGAUGGAUGAGAGAGUGCGAGAUAAAGGUCUCGAAAGUACCCUGAAUCUGGAUGAGAUCGUGAACUAUGCGAUUAACCGCGAGGUUUUAUUGAAGCAGAAAGUGAAAACGCAUCCAUUUGGAUCCGAAAAUGGAGCCGUGGCAGUGGUUAAGCAAGAAUGGACAAAGAAGGUGAUGCCAAGGAGUGGAUAUUCCACACGACCGGUUCAGUACGAGCGAAAAUCGGAUGGUAGAGGAAGAACAGAAUGUAGCCGGUGUGGAUCUUGGCGGCACCAACGAGAAUCUGAAAACUGCAUUGCCCGAAAUACUACAUGCCACAGCUGCGGCGCUGUGGGCCACUUUGCAAGAAAGUGUACAGCUAACCGGAAUAAGUCAUUUAAAGCUCGAUACUCAUGGAAGAGAGCGGAAACUAAUGCUUUGCGAGAUGGAAAUAAUCAAAGCCCGGGAUCUGGAUAUCCAUUACGACGCGACGAACAUAAAUCUUCAGAGGUGAAGACACAGAAUGAUGGAACAAUCGUGGGGUUUAUUGACCAACUUCCAAUAGAAUUUUUGAUUGAUUCUGGGGCAACAAUCAACACCGUUACGGAGUAUGACUGGGAAAAGUUGGUGUCUAACAACGCCAGGGUUUUUAAAAAAAAAAUGCAAAGCGAUCGACGAUUUUUGGCAUAUGCUAGCCAGGAACCCCUACGGGUAGUGUGCAUUUUCGAAGCAUGGGUCACUAUCAACGACACAAAACCCAAAAUGUUUACCGAAUUUUUCGUAAUUCAGGGAGCACACAAAUCUUUGCUAAGUAGAAGAACCGCAGAGGACCUCAAAGUCUUGAAAGUUGGACUAGAAGUUCAAAACAUUGAACAGAAUAAAGCUCCGUUCCCGAAAUUCCCAAAUAUACAAGUAAAAUUAUCUAUUGAUCCAACUGUGGCCCCCAGAAAAAUGGCUUACCUCAAAAUUCCGGUAGCGAUGGAAGACAAGGUCAAUCAGAAAAUCCAGGAAAUGUUGGAAACUGACAUAAUUGAGCCAGUAACAGGACCAUCCGAUUGGAUCUCCCCAAUGGUUGUGGUUCCAAAGGGAACUAACGAUAUCCGCUUGUGUAUCAAUAUGCGAUACCCGAAUCAAGCCAUUCAACGGGAGCAUUAUCCACUGCCACUAAUUGACACGCUGCUUAACAAGCUGAAAGGAGCGACAGUGUUCUCUAAGAUCGACAUAACCUCUGCAUACUAUCACGUGGAGUUACAUCCAGCAUCGCGCGAGAUUACUACGUUCAUGACGAGUAAAGGUCUAAUGCGUUUUAAACGAUUAAUGUUUGGUAUAAACUGCGCGCCCGAGAUCUUUCAACGGAUAAUGUGUGAAAUGUUGGCUGGCAUUGAAGGUGUCGUAGUUUAUAUUGAUGAUGUGGUUAUUUGGGGAUCCACAGUAGACGAGCAUGAUGAGCGACUACGAAUGGUCAUGGAUAUUCUUGAAGAGAAUCACGCGUUUCUGAAUAAAGAGAAGUGUUUGUUUCGAGUGAAAGAGCUUAAAAUACUAGGAUUCAAGGUUAGUGUCGAUGGAAUCAGCCCUACUGAUGAUAAAGUUUCGGCUAUCCAAAACUUCAGGAUGCCAGAAACGAAGGAGGAAGUACGAAGUUUUUUGGGCUUGAUCAAUUUUGUUGGACAGUUUAUACCGCAUUUGUCAUCGAGAACGGAGGCUCUCCGAACAUUCAUCAGAGGGGAAGUAGAAACAUUUGGCAAAGAACAACAGAAAGCUUCCGAUGAUCUUCGUAACGAAUUAUCCAGUGCCGUUCAUCGCUUAGGAUUCUUUGACCCGAAGGACCAGACAGAGCUUUACGUGGACGCAUCGGCGGUGGGCCUUGGGGCGGUUUUAGUCCAGAGGGAUAGUAUGAACAAGCCAAGGAUCAUCAGCUUCGCGUCAAAAGGCCUUACAAAGACAGAAAAAGUGUACCCACAAACCCAACGCGAAGCCUUAGCCGUCGUUUGGGCGGUUGAGAAAUUUUAUUCGUAUUUAUUCGGAAUACACUUCACGGUGCUAACUGACCAUAAGACACUCGAAUAUAUAUUUGGAGGAAAACACCAGGAAGGAAAACGUGCUUGCUCUCGUGCUGAGGCCUGGGCGUUGCGCCUACAGCCCUACGAUUUCAAGGUGGUGCAUGUUCCGGGAUCCCAUAAUAUCUCCGACAUUUUUUCGAGAUUGUGCCCGCAGUCAGAUGUUCCAUUUGACGAAGCUUCGGAGCAUUUCGUUUGUGGAAUAGGUGAAGGACCAUCGGCAAUAACAUUGGACGAAAUCCGGAAAGAAACGGAUCUUGAUGAUGCACUCAAGGAAGUAGUUAAGUCUAUUAAUACGCAGGUGUGGCCGUCAAGCUUGUUCGCCUAUCAAGCUUUCGCGAAGGAAUUGGGAGUAAUGGAUGGUGUUGUUGUGCGUAAUGAUCGCAUCAUUCUUCCUUCAAGAUUGCGACAAAGAGCAUUGGAUAUCGCGCAUCGAGGACACCCUGGAGUAGUUUCAAUGAAACGAAAUCUCAGGGAGAACUUGUGGUGGCCUCAGAUGGACCGUGAUGUUGAGCAUAAGGUGCAAGAGUGUGCUGGAUGUGCUUCAGUAGCUUUACAAGGUCCUCCAGAACCUAUGCAGCGCAACGAAAUGUCAAAUCGGGCAUGGCAAGAUUUGGCUCUUGAUUUUUUUACAGCUAAAGAAUGUGCGACCUUCUUGGUAAUUGCUGACUACUAUAGCCGAUUUUUGUCCGUUACUGAAAUGAAAUCAACAACUGCGAGUAAGACGAUAGAGGUUCUGGAGAGUUUGUUCAAGCAGCACACGUACCCGGAAACAAUUCGUUCUGAUAAUGGGCCCCCUUUUGCUAGUGAAGAGUUUGCGAACUACUGUGUUAACAAAAAUAUUCGACUAGUGCACAGUAUCCCAUAUUGGCCUCAAAUGAAUGGCCUGAUUGAACGACAGAAUCAGGGAAUCCUGCGAACUCUGAAAAUUGCUCGUACAAUGAAAGAAGAUUGGCGGAAGGCGGUUAAUGAAUAUGUGUAUUCGUACAACACUACACCGCACUCUGUAACUGGAAAGUCGCCAAUGGAGUUGCUUACAGGUCGGCCCGUAAAAGAUCUGCUGCCGUCACUACGUACCGAACCCUACUGGAAUCGCGAUGAAGAACAACGGGAUAAGGAUAUAAUAAGAAAAUUGCGAGGUAAACUAUAUGCGGAUAAACGUCGGCAUGCAAAGGUGUCAGAUAUAGCUGUUGGAGAUACCGUUAUGAUCAGGAAUUACGAGAUGGGGAAAUUGGAGCCAACCUUUCGACCGGAAAAGUAUUCAGUGAUUAAGAAAAGCGGAAGCGACGUAAUUGUACUGAGCGAAGAUGGCGUGCGGUACAGACGCCCUGUGUCUCACCUGAGAAAGUAUCCAACUACUGGUGAACAAGAUGAAUCCGAGGAUGAAUCUGAGCAGCAACCUCGUACAACGGAUCCUGUCGGGACACCAGCUACAGCGGACAAACCAAACGAUGUUAAACCCCCACCCACGAAAUAUCCAAAAAGAAUAACUAAGAUGCCAGCACGAUAUGAUGAUUAA